AGAGGGGCUUGUCUGUUCCUGUAAUCCUUGGUGCCGAGUGGGGAGAAUGGCGAAGGCGAGAGGGAGAGAGACGCUGGCGAUUGGGGUUCUCUUCGCCUGCAUUUUGGUCGGCAAUCCGGGAGGUGUCGGUGGCGCCACGGACCAGAAUGACGUUUCAACUCUCAAUGUCCUGUUUACGAGCCUGAAUUCACCAUCUCAGCUAACCGGCUGGAUUGCAAAUGGUGGUGAUCCCUGUGGGCAAUCAUGGCUGGGUGUUACAUGCACUGGAUCGGCCAUUACAACUAUCAAAUUAUCUGGGUUGGGACUCUCUGGAACACUAGGCUAUAAUUUGCAAACCAUGACUUCACUGGCAGAACUUGACAUGAGCAAUAAUAAUAUUGGAAGCGGAGGCCAGUUACCUUAUAAUCUUCCUCCAAACCUCCAGAGCCUAAACCUUGGCGGUAACCAAUUUUCUGGAAAUAUACCUUAUUCAAUCUCCCUGAUGGUGACACUUAAAUAUCUAAAUCUUGCUCAUAAUCAGCUACAAGGAAAUCUGACCGAAAUGUUUGGAGGCCUUACUAAUCUCACUACAAUGGACCUGUCCUUCAAUCAACUGACUGGUGAUCUUCCGCAGAGCUUCAGCAACCUAUCAAGUUUGACAACCUUAUAUUUGGAGAACAACCAAUUUACUGGCCACAUAGACAUCCUUGCCAAUCUUCCCCUACAAGAUUUGAAUGUGGCAAAUAACCGCUUUACAGGAUGGAUUCCUGAUCAGUUGAAAAAGAUUAAUAAUCUUCGUACUGAUGGUAACUCAUGGAGCUCAACACCAGCACCUCCACCACCACCUUAUAGGCCUCCUCCACCAGGUCGAAAAAGCAACCCAGGCCAACAUUCUGGUGGAAGUAACAAAUCAUCUGGUGGCGGAAAUAACUCUGGUAUAGGUGCUGGGGUUAUAGCGGGAAUCGUCAUAUCUGUUUUGGUCGUAGGAGGAAUACUUGCAUUUUUCUUGAUGAGGAGGAAAUCACAAAAGCAUUCAAAGGAAGAAAUUUUUGAAAAAGAUCCGCCUUUUGCCCCUCUUGCUUCCAAUGAUGCUAAAGAGAUGAAGACAAUCCAGGCAUCCUCUACAUCUCAUACAGCAAUAUUGCCACCACCUGCUCCUAUAAGCCUUAAACCUCCACCUAUCGAGAGGCAUAAAUCAUUUGACGAAGAUGAUUUCUCAAACAAGCCUAUUGUGAAGAAGGCUAACACAACACCAAUAAAGGCAGCUGUUUAUUCAGUAGCAGAUUUGCAGAUUGCCACAGAUAGCUUCAGCAUAGAUAAUCUUGUAGGUGAAGGCUCUUUUGGUCGUGUUUACAAGGCACAAUUUAGUGAUGGAAAGAUUAUGGCUGUGAAGAAGAUAAAUUCUUCAGCUCUGCCCAAUCAAUUACCAGAUUGCUUCAUUGAACUGGUUUCAAAUAUCUCACGUCUGCAUCACCCAAAUUUGUGUGAACUGGUAGGUUAUUGUUCUGAACAUGGGCAGCAUCUACUGGUAUAUGAAUUUUACAAGAAUGGCUCGCUGCAUGAUCUGCUUCACCUCUCAGAUGAAUACAGCAAGUCAUUGAGCUGGAAUGCUCGUGUCAAAAUAGCCCUUGGCACAGCACGAGCAUUAGAGUAUCUGCAUGAAGUUUGCUCACCGUCUCUUGUCCACAAGAAUUUUAAGUCAUCCAAUAUAUUGUUAGACAUGGAGCUCAACCCACACCUUUCAGAUUGUGGGUUCGAGAGCCUUGUUCCUGAUGCAGAAUUUCAGGCAUCUGAACAGAAUAUGGCAUCUGGAUAUAGUCCUCCUGAAGUUGCCAUGUCUGGCCAGUAUACUUUGAAGAGUGAUGUCUACAACUUUGGUGUUGUCAUGCUAGAACUUUUGACUGGGCGGAAGCCUUUCGACAGCUCGAGACCAAGAUCUGAGCAGUCAUUGGUUCGAUGGGCUACACCUCAGCUCCAUGACAUCGAUGCACUAGACAGGAUGAUCGAUCCUGACCUCAAGGGGCUAUACCCUGCAAAAUCGCUUUCUCGAUUCGCUGAUGUGAUAGCUCUCUGCGUACAGCCCGAGCCUGAGUUCCGACCACCCAUGUCAGAAGUUGUGCAAGCGCUAGUUCGCCUGGUUCAGAGGGCCAACAUGAGCAGCAAGCGAACCGUAGGUGGAGAAGGACCAGAGACUCGGCGAGCCGAUGAAUCGGAUGACUAUACUUUCUAGUUGCAUGAGAUAUAUCCAGCUUGGUUUUGCAAAAUCUUUUGCAUGUUUAUAUACUUAUUUCUCAGAUAUUGUUACACGUUACCUCUGUCUUUGGUUUCGUUGCUAUGAAACAUAUUUUCGACUACAAUCCUUACACUGCAAUGAAAUAAGCCUCUGUAUCGCAGACUGAA